AUGUCUGAAGAGCAUCACUUCACCCUCUACACCAACCAGGGUGGGCCGAAUGGAUGGAAGGUCGUCAUGGUCCUCGAGGAGCUUGAGCUUGAGUACCAUUCGGUCUACUACGACCUCGCCAAAGGCGAGCAGCGGAACCCCGAGCACCUCAAGCUCAACCCGAAUGGUCGUAUCCCAACCUUGGUUGACCACAAGAACGGCGACUUCGUCAUCUGGGAAUCCGACGCGAUACUGACAUACCUAGUUGAAAAAUACGAUCCCGAGGGCAAGAUCUCCGUGAAGACUCCCGAGGAGAAGACGCUGCAGCUGCAGUGGUUGUUCUUCCAGGCGUCCGGCCAAGGACCGUACUUCGGCCAAGCGGGAUGGUUCAUCCUUUGGCACCCUGAAAAGCUGCCCAGCGCGAUCGAGCGGUACCAGAAGGAGAUCCUGCGCGUCUUCGGCGUUCUCGAAGGUGUGCUGUCGAAGCAAGAGUGGCUCGUGGGCGGCAAGUGCACCAUCGCAGACCUGAGCUUCAUCGCGUGGAACGGACCCGUCACCAACGGUCUGCUGAUGAGGGGCCACGAAGGCUUCGACUUUGAGAAGGACUUCCCGGCAGUCUUCAAGUGGCACAAGGCGAUGACGACUCGCCCGGCAGUGAAGAGGGCGUACGCUAUCAGAGAGGCAGUCAACAAAACUUGA